CGGUAUGAAGAAAAGUUCAAACCGCGUCUCGGCGCGUGCGGUCGAACCCGAACCGGCGGCGCUGAAUCGCGUCACCGCCGAGAUGCCGCUCCCCGUCCUCUCCCAUCCGCCUCCUAUCACUACCACUACCCCACGCGGUGCCGGUCACCGCCCUUCACCGCGUUCUAUCUUCCCGUUCGCUUCCCUCUCUUCCGCCCCAAACCCAAUCCCCUUCCUCCGCCUCCCAUCGAUCUGUGCUCCUUCUCUUCCUCCUCCUCCACCACCGCUGCUCCCUCCGCCAGUGUGCUUCGAGAAGCCACCGCCGAACCCCUUCCGUCCCCCGAACUCCCUCCUCUUGCUUAUCGUCUUCGCAGGGCUAUUAUCUGCUUGGGCCUUCUUCCGUGCCCUCCCUGCCGACUUCCGGGAACGAUGGUGCCGCCUGCGGGAGUCUUCGAAGGGGGCGGAGGCGAAGAUCUUGGAGCUCCCAUUGCACCUUAUUCAGGCCGUCAUUGCGUCGGAGGAUCGCCGGUUCUUCUACCACAUCGGGGUUGAUCCUUACGGGAUCGGACGCGCUGUGGUCCAUUACCCUAAAGGCGGAGGCGGGAGCACCAUCACCCAGCAGCUUGUGAAGAAUGUCUUCUUGACAAGUGAACGGAAGAUCUCAAGAAAAUUUUUUGAGGGAAUAUUAUCUCUAUUACUGGAGAGGAAAAUGUCGAAGUGGGAAAUACUGUACUCUUAUUUGAGCAAGAUGUACUGGGGACAUGGUAAUUACGGGAUCGAAUCAGCAUCACUUUUUUACUUCAGAAAACAUCCUUCUCUUCUUAACUUGGGGGAGUCAGCAUUGCUAGCUGGGAUUUUACCUUCUCCCGAGACCUUUAAUCCAUUGACAAGUCCAACAAGGGGCAAGAAUUCUCAAGCGAGGGUAUUAAGGAGAAUGGUUACUGCCGGAUUUCUUGAUUUGGAGACCGCACUUGUGGCUGUGAGUCAGCCUCUUUACUUCCAUAAUAUUAACUUUGAAGAUGAAAACAAGGAAUAUGAGCAUUGCAGGAAACAUAGAGGCCUAAGCUCAAUCAAAGAUAUUUGGGACUGGGAAAUGGCAAGCAUACUUCACGAAGCAAGAGAAAAUAUGGAAAAAAUGGGCCACAGGAUGUACAAAUAUAGCCAUUAAUGAUUUCUCUGCAACAUCAACGGUAUCUUAUUAUGCAGAAUGGAGUUUUCUUGUAAACACAUGGAGUGCUAUUCAGCCAAUUGACACCCUUAAGGAUUGCACAAGCAAGUGGAAAUGUGGCAUACACCAUUGAAGGUAAUGGAUCUGUAGAUAUCGGCAAAUAUCGGAGGAAAAGUAAGAAGACAAAAUUCUUGGCAAGCCUAUCACCCGACCAUUUCAUUUCAAUCACUAAAGUAGUUAAUUUUUCGAAGGCUUCUUGUUCAUUUCUCAACUUUGUCCUUUGUACUAUAAAUGUGUCAAAAGUCUUAAAUAUACUUUAAAUUGUAUUAAUAUAAAAGCAUAAUCAUUUUAUUUUU